AAUAGACAAAGAAUUUAUAUCUAAGUUAAUAGAAACCAAAAAACUUUACUGUUGGCGAAAAAAAAGCUUAAACAAAAGUAUUGAACGUCGAAUAAAAAAUACAGAAGAAAAUUAUUUUUUUAAAGAAUCUUCAUGUGAGUCUCUAAGAAAAUUAAUAGUAGAAUGCAAUAUGUUUAUAAAAGAAGUGGUAAAGUAUUUUAUGUCUUUUAAUUUUACUGUUUACCUUACAAAGGAAAAUUUAAAAUUUAUUUAUAAUGAAUGUGAAGAUAUCAUACAAAAAUUUACAAAUAUUUCACAAGCUGUACAAAUGGAAUCUAUUUUUGCAAUUAUAAAAAUGCUAAUUGGGAGAUUAGAACGAUCUUGGGAUUUUUUAGGUAAGAUAAAUCGUAAUUUAAUUAUGUUUUUUAAUUCUGUGACACGUUUGUCUACAGAUAUUAAAUGGUUAAUUUCCCCUUUAAAAAACAUUAUGGAUAGUAUUGAUAAAGAAUAUGAUCGAGCAGAAUCUAAUCAAUAA